ACGCUUUGAACUAUGUUCAAAACAUGUAGGAAUUUGUUAAAACGUCAUGCAAUUACUCUACAAAAGAGAAAACAGCAAACAGGAAGUACGUCUAUAUUUAUAAAUGGGAGACCGGUGCAAGUUCCGAGCUACUACAGCAUCCUGCAGGCGUGCCGCAGCCAGGGCAUCGCCAUGCCCAGCUUCUGUUACCACGAGCGGCUCUCCGUCGCCGGCAACUGUCGCAUGUGCCUCGUCACCGUCGAGGGCAUGUGGAAACCGCAGAUCGCCUGCGCCGUCCAGGUCAGCAAGAACAUGAAGAUACGAACCAACAAUGCCAUCACACUUAAAGCUCAAGAAAGUGUGCUAGAAUUCAUACUGGCCGACCAUCCUCUCGACUGCCCGAUUUGCGACCAAGGAGGCGAAUGCGAUCUCCAGGAUCUAUCCAUGAAAUUCGGAAACGAUCGCACGAGGUACACCGAAAUACAUUUCACUGGAAAAAGAGCCGUCGAGAGCAAAGAUUUAGGGCCUCUAAUCAAUACUGAAAUGAACCGCUGCAUACACUGCACUCGGUGCAUACGCUUCGCGUCUCAAGUUUGUGGGAUGGAUGUGUUAGGCUCGACUGGUCGCGGGCACCACAUGCUCGUUGGAACCUAUGUUGACAAAAUGUUCCUUUCUGAACUUUCCGGUAACAUCAUCGACCUGUGCCCCGUCGGAGCGCUGACAUCUAUACCUUAUAGGUUCAAAGCUAGACCAUGGGAAUUGAAAACGACCAAUUCGAUCGAUGUGACGGAUGCUACAGGGACAAAUAUUGUACUUAACAGCAGAUACAAUAGAGUAAUAAGAGCGUUGCCCCGCGAGCACGAAGAGAUCAACCAGGAAUGGCUGUCGGACAAGGGUCGAUGGGCCAUAGACUCGACGGAGAUGCAGCGAUUAGUAUCUCCGAUGGUUAAAUGCGGUAGCUGUCUAAAACCCAUAGAAUGGGACGUAGCGUUGAGUGAAGUCGCUAAAAUUAUUUGUCGUUCUGAUCCCAAAAAACUAGUAGCCGUAGCCGGUCCCCACUGCAAUGUGGAAACCUUGGUAGCCGCAAAAGACUUAAUCAAUAUGCUUGACUGCGAUAAUACGUUCAUAGAGCGCAGCAUGUGUUGCACCGGAUCGGACACAGAUAUAAGAGCCGCUUAUGGGUUAAAUAUUAAUAUGAAAGAUGUUGUGACCGCAGACAAAAUACUAUUAGUCGGUACAAAUCCCCGAUUUGAAGCUCCCAUAUUAAACGCAUGGAUACGUCAGGCUUACAGGACCAAUGAAUGCGAUAUCUAUGUAGUCGGACCACGAUGUGACUACAACUACCAUGUCACAUACAUUGCAAACGAUAUCACGCUGGAUCGAUAUACGGAUUGUUUGAAAGGUGCUAAGAAACCCCUGAUAUUUGUUGGUGUUUCCCAGCUCGGUUUGCCCUUGAGCUACCAACUUAUGUUCGGAGUUUACCAGUACGCUAAGAAAUAUAUGACUAAUAAGGAUUGGCCAGUCGUACACGUAAUAACUAGAGAAGCUAGUUUCGCUGGAGCGUUAGAGGCCGGUUGGAAACCGAACGCGUUGCAGGCGCUGUGUACGAUCAAUCCGAAUACAGUUAUUUCUCUCGGAGCUGACGAGGUGUUCUACAACUGGAAUCCGCCGGGUGCUUGUAGUAUCAUCUACGUCGGUUUCCAAGGCGACCGCUGCGCCCAGCGCGCGUCGGUGGUGCUCCCGGGCUGCGCGUACACGGAAAUGGGAGGCACGUACUUGAAUAUGGAGUGCAGGUCGCAGUACGCGUACCCGGCGGUGUCUCCUCCCGGGAAGGCCCGAGUCGAUUGGAAGAUCUUUAGGGCUAUUGCGGAAGUGUGUGGUUUCUGUAUGUCCUACAGCGACAUACAGGGUUUGCACGUGAGGAUGGGACAGGUGAGCCCGCUCUUCAACUGCUUGGGUAACUUCCAGCCGAAGCUGUUCGUCGACUGCGUCAUGUCAUUGUGCAAAAAGGUCGCACAAUUAAAAGGGAGUGAACAACUGGACGUGUGCAUGAAGACUCUGCCAGAUUACUACUGUUCCGAGAUUUUCUCGAGUAAUUCGUGCACCAUGAUAGAAGCGAAGAAGGCCGCUACCAAGUUCCAGUCACUGCCCUACAAUAAAAUCUGAUAAAGUUACGAUUUGACCAAUGGAACACGUAUUAAAAUAAAUAACUUGAGUUAUC